AAUGUCACUCAUAUGAUGUCAGUCCUAGCAUGUUCUGCCUGGGAUCUGUGUAAUGAUCUCUGAGUGCCCUGGCCUCCCUCCAUUUUCCACUCUUUUUCUCCUCCUCUCCCCUUUAUUUUUUCCUUUCUAUAUGGAUGGGGCUUGUCCCGGAUAGGCACAGUUCAUAAGGGUCCAAGGAGGCUGUAUCACAGACUAAGUAAAGUUACACCCCCACCCUUCCAGACUGUGCCUCUCCUAAUCUGACAGUGCAGGGCUCCAACAGAAGGAGAGCAGAUUGUUAAACGCCAAAAUCCUGCAAGAUCUCUCUCUCCCUCUCUCUGUUUGAACAGCAAACACAUCAAAAAAAAGCUCCAGAGAAACACGCAAGCCAGCACUCACCUACUGGAUAUUUUAUUCUCCUGCUCUUUGCCUGGGAAAUUCAUACAAACCUUUCUUUUCCAAGUUACACCAAAUGGAUUUUAGCUGCUUAUAUGGGCUUUUUGCUUGCCUUUUAACUUCCUAUUGCUGGGUGCCUGUGCAAUCCUUUACUACCCAAGAAUCCAUAUCGGGGAAGCUAAGUGAAUAUGGUGUGAUUGUCCCAUUCAGUACAGAUCACCUGGGGCAUUAUAUUUCGCACGUGGUUUCAGCAGCAGGAAGUAGCAGAGGCGGUGUGACCUCAGAGCACCCUGGCCAGUCUCAGAGGGUUGCCCGCAGCGUGCCCGAAUCACACGAUAGGCACUUGUACUUCAAUGUCACAGUAUUUGGCAAGCAGCUGCAUCUGCGUCUGAAGCCUAAUAAACAUCUGGUUUCUGAUGGAGCUACUGUGGAGUGGCAGGAGGACUUCCAGGAGAUAUCUCAAGGGUCACUUCAUGCUGGGUGUGUGUAUACUGGAGACAUCACCGAUAUGCCGGGAGCAACUGUGGCCAUCAGCAACUGUGAUGGACUGGCUGGCAUGAUAAGGACUGAUGAGACUGAAUAUUUCAUUGAACCAUUAGAAAAAGGAAGACAAAUAGAAGAGGAAAAUGGCCGUGCACAUGUGGUCUAUAGAAGAUCUGCUGUUCAACAAAAUAAAACCGCAAAUCACGAGACAUCACACAAUGAAGUUGCAAGGCCUAAAGUUGGUGAUCUCCCAUAUUCCCUGGAAUUGAUACAAGACGGACUACGAGAAAAAGACAGAAACAAGCGACAUGCCAAGAAAGAUGACUACAACAUUGAGGUGCUGCUGGCAGUGGAUGACACCGUUGUGCGUUUCCAUGGAAAAGAGCAUGUGCAAAACUACGUUCUCACCCUCUUGAACAUAGUGGAUGAAAUUUACCAUGACGAGUCACUUGGAGUCCACAUCAACAUAGUGCUGGUCCGAAUGAUUAUGGUGGGAUACAGGCAGUCGAUCAGUUUGAUAGAAAGGGGGAACCCAUCAAGAAGCCUUGACCAAGUGUGUCGCUGGGCCAAUUCUCAGCAGCGUUCAGACCCAGAUCAUGCAGAGCACCACGACCAUGCCGUGUUUCUCACCAGGCAAGAUUUUGGUCCCGCAGGUAUGCAAGGUUAUGCCCCUGUGACUGGCAUGUGUCACCCUCUGCGCAGUUGUACCCUAAAUCAUGAAGAUGGGUUCUCCUCUGCAUUUGUAGUGGCUCAUGAAACAGGCCAUGUGUUAGGUAUGGAACAUGAUGGACAAGGAAACCGUUGUGCUGAUGAAACAAGCAUGGGAAGCAUUAUGGCCCCACUGGUACAGGCUGCAUUCCACCGAUAUCAUUGGUCCAGAUGCAGCAAACAAGAGCUUAACAGAUAUAUACACUCAUAUGACUGCCUUCUGGAUGACCCCUUCGAUCACAAAUGGCCCAAAUUACCAGAACUUCCAGGAAUCAAUUAUUCAAUGGAUGAGCAAUGUAGAUUCGAUUUCGGUGUGGGCUACAAGAUGUGCACUGCUUUCAGGACUUUUGACCCUUGCAAGCAGUUGUGGUGCAGCCACCCAGAUAAUCCUUAUUUCUGCAAAACGAAGAAGGGCCCUCCACUUGAUGGGACAGAAUGCUCCCCAGGAAAGUGGUGCUUUAAAGGGUAUUGCAUUUGGAAGACACCAGAGCAGUCUUACAGUCAGGAUGGAGGCUGGAGCUCAUGGUCAAGGUUUGGAUCUUGCUCUCGAACCUGUGGAGGUGGAGUGCGUUCCCGUAGCAGACAAUGCAAUAACCCAGAGCCAUCAUAUGGAGGACGGGAUUGCCCUGGUUCAGCCUACGAAUAUCAAAUGUGCAAUAACGAAGAAUGUCGGGGCCCAUUUGAAGACUUUCGCGCCCAGCAGUGCUCUCAACGUAAUUCAUAUUACACUCAUCAGAAUACCAAGCACAUGUGGCUGCCUUACGAGCAUCAUGACGAUGCCCAAAAGUGUGAACUUAUAUGCCAGUCUAAGGAAACAGGAGAUGUGGUAUUUAUGAAUCAAGUGGUUCAUGAUGGCACAAGAUGCAGCUACAAGGACCCUUACAGUGUCUGUGCCAGAGGAGAUUGCGUGCACAUUGGAUGUGACAAGGAAAUAGGCUCCCUUAAAGAAGACGAUAAGUGUGGAGUUUGCAGUGGAGAUAACUCCCAUUGUCGGACAGUUAAAGGAACACUAGUAAAAUCUCCAAAACAGACUGCUGGGAUUCUAAAAAUGUUUGAGAUUCCAGCAGGUGCCAGACAAAUCCAAAUAGAGGAAACAGAGCCUUCCACUAACUAUAUUGCUAUUAAAAACCAGGCUAGCGGGAAUCCAAUUCUCAAUAUGAAGGGUAUGGAAAGCAAAUCAAAGACCUUUAUAGAACUCGGCCUAGAUUGGGAGUACACCAUUGAAGAUGGCAAAGAAACUGUGAAAACAAUUGGUCCUUUGCAUGAACCUAUUGUUGUUUUGGUUGUACCACAGGAGGAAGAAGAAAAAACUACCCUGACCUAUAAAUACAUUAUUCAUGAAGACCUUCUACCAAUGAUUGGUAACAAUAAUGUACUGCUUGAGGAGAUGGAUUCUUAUGAGUGGGCUUUGAAAAGUUGGUCUCAGUGCUCCAAGGCAUGUGGAGGAGGCAUUCAGUACACAAAAUAUGGCUGUCGGCGUAAAGGAGACAACAGAAUGGUUCACCGUAACCUCUGUGACAACACCAAAAAGCCAAAACCAAUACGUAGACGAUGUAAUCAACAAGAAUGCUCUCAGCCCGGGUGGGUGACUGAGGAGUGGGGAGCUUGCAGCAAAUCUUGUGGCAAACUAGGCGUGCAGGCCAGACUGGUGCAGUGCAUUCAGCACUUGCACAAUGGCACAAACAGGACCAUCCACACUAAGUACUGCACUGCUGAGCGCCCAGAAACAAGAAGGCCCUGUAAUCGGACACCAUGUCCAGCACAAUGGAGGACGGGAGCCUGGUCACAGUGUUCCUCAAGUUGUGGUGAGGGGAUUCAACAGCGUCAGGUUGUUUGCAAAGCUAGUGAUAAUGCCCUUGGUCAGUGUGAUGGAGAGAAGCCAGAAACCAUCCAGGUUUGCAAGAUAGCAGCCUGCACUGGAAAAUCUCCAGGACUAACACCCAAUGCAGAAAGUAUGGAGUCCAUAACAUCAAAAAUGCCCUUGGUAUUAGGACAAAGUGUACCAAGAAAUCCUGUCAGCAAGAUCUCAACAAAGGAUUCAUGCCAAGGAGACAAAUCAAUAUUUUGCCAGAUGGAGGUCCUAGCACGCUACUGCUCCAUACCAGGCUACAAUAAGCUAUGUUGUGAAUCAUGUGGCAAAAAGAUUACCCCUACCAGUUUGAUACCAAGUUCAGAGCAUGCAGCGCUGGAACUCAGGGCCCCGGAAGGAGCAAUCCUGCCAACACCCAUUCAUCCUAUAACCUUGGUACCAACAGUCAUUGCCAAGUUGAAUAAAGUUUCAGCUGGUGACAACCCUGUGGAUGCCUCACUUGAAUCCAAACAUACAAUAAAGGAAGUCUCAGCAAAUGACACUGUAAUUUCUAUGAGGGAUUCAUCUGCAUUUGUAUCAAUAAGGAAUACUUCUGCUACAGAUUUAGGAAAGACUCGGUUGUCUGAAACUCUUUUGGAUAACCCAAACUCGCAGCCUAAUAAAUCUUUGGCCAGCAAACAAAGUAGAGACAGUUCUGUAGCAACAUCAGAUUUAAUAAGGCGAAUUAGGGAACGUACUGAAAAUCUGAAGACCAGAUCUAGUGUUCAAAGCGCGUCUGUGGCUACAUGAGUCCAUACACUGACAUUGGGUUUCUUUAAGGAGCUGUGCAGCAUCAUUCAAAAUGAAGAGUUACAAGAAGAAAAAGGCUUUCGCAAUUUAGCCGUAGCACUUUUUCAGUCAUGAAAUAAUACAAUGACAUGUUUCUAGAUAAAGCAAUUUUGAAACUUCUGGGCAUUAAGACAGUAGAGCCCAUUAAUUGUUACCUCACAGUGCAAUGUCAUUGCACUUUAAGUUGUGAUAAGGGUGCUACCAACUGGAUUUGUACCAAAAAGGAAAAUACUUUUGUACAUCUCACCUCAGUUCUCAAACCAGCUGGUGCCUUAUUUAAUCUGACAAAGACUUUGAAAAACUUGAAACAUGGUGCUUUCUCAUGUCCCCAUCAGUCAUAAAGCAGCAUCAGUACUACACUUUAAUGGUGCUGUAUUCCCUAUCCAAUAGUUUCUGUGUAUUCAUUUGCAGUAACCCUUUCUCAGUUAACGAACAGGAGAAUUUCUGUUUCAAAGAUUUAAGCAUUGGGUUCAAUUCAGCGAAUGACCUUUCCUGCAACCUCUAUAUGAAGUCCUUUCACCUCUGGCCUUAACAACUUUAAUGUCUACUGCUGCUAGUAGAAUAAUGUUCAUUUGACAAACAGGAGGGGGUCAUUCUGUAUCCUUCUAUAUGAUCUGUGUUAUUCAUAAGAAAUAGUUCUGAAGAUGUAAGGCAUGCAAAAUAGAGUUAUUUGCCCCAAACAAAAAAUGAAGAUAUUUGAGUAACUCCCAUAAUGAUUUGUAUUGUACAGGAAAUAGUCUACAUACAGUACACGAGGAUCACAGUGCAAAAGGUAAGAUGCAAUCAAUACUUCUCAAAGAGGCCACUAUACUAAAUUUUCCUGCUGAAUUGUGCUCAGCAGAGAGGAAUACUUGUAAAUGCUGGUAUAGUUUCAUGAUAUCUCUGUGGCGCCUAUGAAUAGUCCUUGCUGCUGCUAUUCAAAUACAUUUAAUCAACAAUUUUUUACUUCCAAGUUUUCUUUUGGCCCUGACACUACAGCUCCUGGGCUGCUAGGCCACACUCCAAUAUUUUGACCACAAAUCACGGAACAAUGGAGUUUUAGGAAAAGCUGAAAGUGCAUGCAGGGUCAGUUACACAUUUUUAAAAAGAAAAGGUGAAACAUAUCAAGCAUAGUUAUAAUUGUGCAUUUACAGGGGAAAGUAAAAAAAAUGUGAUCUUUUAAGUACUGUACUUACAUAUCUGGAUAUAGAGUGCCUUGCGUUCUCUUACAUUCAUGCAAAUUCUGCUGCCCAAAAUGAUUUGUAAGUUGGAGUUGGUAUCGGUGAUCCACAAAACAUACUCUACACUUUCAGUGCUUGUGAAUACAUAUCGAAAUGUGCAUUUGAAACUAGAUUUUUGGCAGAAGAAUGUAAACAAUGUACUGUAUAAUGGUGCAAAGUCUUCUCUCUUUGUCUAUCUAUAAGGUUAGUGGUACACAUGCAUUUCAAAGCCAGAUGACUGAGUGAUUUAUUUUAGAGAGUGGUGCCAAUCAUCGACUGUAUUUUAUGUUGUAGAUAUACUAACACAAUGUUUUGGGGGUUGUUUUGCACUUUUUAUAAUAGAUUUUUAUUCCCACAUUAUCCCAAAUACCUUAAUUAUUAACAAAAGCAAGCAGUCAUGCAGCAGUUUUUUUCAGAAUACCUUAUAUGACAUGCUAUUCAAAAGACAUAUCACUUUUAAGGAUUCUACAUAGGUUAAAUUAGUCUGUUGGAUGUGCAAUAUGACCAUUUGCCUUCCCAUCUGUAGAGUGUAGGUAAAAUAAACCUGCAACACAGAAGUUGUGUGUAACUGUCAGAAGGAUGCUAAAGAAGCCAGCUGGUACAGCAGCCCUAUGAUACUAAAAUGUAAAACAAAGUAUGCCCUCUGUACUUUAUUCAGCCCUCAUCAGACUCCUAAACCUAACCGCAAAGCCCUGAAUUGACUUAAAGUGUGCCAUCUAAUGUGUAUUAAAUUGGGAGGCCAACCGGGCCUAGGGUGACAAGAUAUUGGGUGACUAAAGAUUGAAACAGUCCCUAGUGCUAUGGUAGGAGGGGGUCGUUGUAAACAGGAUUGGAAAGGGGUAGUUACAGAGCUUAUCUUGUAUGUGUGUGGUGGGGAAGAGUAGUUUGCUAGGGACACAAGCAUUGGAAAUUCAGCCCAGCUGCAUUACUUGCGUGUCAGUAAUACCUUAUAGGAAGAUUGUGUUUGUUGCUUGAAUUAGUUGUCUUUCAACAGUUAUAUUCAAUAAAGUAUAUUUAUAAUAUGGUUGUUUCCAUUUAUGAAUGUUUAGGAAGCCAAUUGUUUUGAAUGCUGUGCACAUUGAAAGGGGUGUCCACCCAAACACAUUUUUUGCAUAAUAGUAGAAAAUGUAAAUCUAAGCAACUUUCUGUUAUGCAUUAUGAAACAGUUUAUUUGUAACUGAAAACAGUUUAUAUGUCCUUUGCCAAUCUCUUCUAAGUUAUCCAGAUAACCAGAACCAAUGUAGCUGAAAUCAAGACUCCAGUCCCCACAAUCCCCACAAUCCUUUACGCACUUCUGUUAUUCUGUUUCUCAGUUCUGUUAAUUACAGAACAUGUAAGGCAUUGUGGGAGUCAGACUGUUGGCUGGACUACUGUUUUAAUUGUAUAAGUAGAGAAAGCAGAGAAGAGAAUUGUGAGAGCAAAGCAAACUUUUCUAACAAUGACAGGUAACCAGAUAGCAGCUCCCUAACACAAGAUAACAGCUGCCUGGUAGAUCUAAGAAUAACACUCAAUAGUAAAAACCCAUGUCCCACUGAGACACAUUC